AUGUCAGUAACAAUUCAUUCAAAGGUAGUCGAACUCGAUCACUUGAUUCCAAGAGUAGUGGAUCAUGACCGGGAAGACUCGGAUGUGGAGAACCUCAUCCCUUGGGUCUUCCAACAAUCCGACACAGCCGAUGAAGGAGACAGCACAUUUAGCUGGCCUGACGGGGACACCAACUUCCAUCUCUUCUUCAAUGAGUUAUCUUCCUACCGUGCAGAACUAGAAGCCUAUGGUGUGUACCAUGCAAGCAAGCGAACAAUCACCAUGCCCCGAAAGAGUUGGCGAAUAGCCGGGCGAGAGCGGUUCCGAUAUUUUAUCAAUUCGCAGUGCAUUUUGUCGAGAUUAUUGUUGGAGGGGAUUUAUUUGAGUUUGGAUGAUGUUCAAGCCUGGAAUCUAGAUUGCAAGGUGAGGUUUACUACAUCACCCCGUGAGGUAAAGUAUACCAUCGGCGGAACCCGAUAUGUGACGCGACUAGAGGGAGCCGCGGUCAUCGGACCACGAGAUCAGUAUCUUCCUAUCAUUACUUUUACUGGGUGGUUCCCAGGCCAAACCUGGGAACAAUACCUCAUUGAAAUACUCAGCGCGAUGCUGGGCCAGAUGACGCAAAACCUGGACAUUCUGAAGACCGGGUUCCAAGAUCGAGAAGUGUUCGUGGUUGGGUUCCAUGGUCCGUACCUUCAUAUCGUGCGGGGGUUCUUUCCGAAGGAUCUGAUUGCGAGGGUCCAUGCAGAGGGGUACGCAGGAAAUGAGGUUUUCCAUUUGGAGUUUACGCGGGGCUAUUAUUUGUGGUCGAAAGGAGAUUGGCUAGAUGCGACCCGGGCGUUGACGCGGUUGCUUCGAUAUCUUCUAGGGGUGCAGAGAUAG